AUGGCAGCUCGUUUUGCAAGUGCGCGGCGCGCACUUCCACUGCCGAUCACCCAAACUAUGGAUCCAUUUGCGUUGCCGAUGUCUGGGCUGUUGCCGUCACCGAUACAGCCGCGUCGCCUAACGAAAAGGGAAAGCGAGGAAUUGGUGGAGCCGCCACGUGCAGGCGAUAUGCUACGACGUGUUACCGAAAUUGCCAAACAGCUGUGA